AUGGAGCGCUCAGCAUCACACAGCAUGUCGGGAGCCAGUCUGGAUGCAGGGUGUGGGAACUGCUCACAGCACCUUCCUCCUGAACUGAACUUCAGUGCGGGAACUCCCCCGUAUGAGUCCAUGGAUGAAGAUGAGGAACUUCUCAAGUACAUCUGGAGGGAAUACCUGCACCCGAAGCAGUACGAGUGGGUCUUAAUAGCCGGAUACAUUGUAGUGUUCUUCGUUUCGCUCAUCGGAAACACACUCGUCUGCUUCGCUGUGUGGAAGAACCAUCACAUGCGAACCGUGACCAACUACUUUAUAGUGAACCUGUCUUUUGCUGACGUCCUGGUCACCAUCACCUGUCUGCCAGCAAGCCUGGUGGUGGACAUCACAGAAACAUGGUUCUUUGGGGAAACCCUUUGCAAAGUGUUGCCGUACUUACAGACAAUCUCGGUCUGCGUGUCGGUGUUGACUCUGAGCUGCAUCGCCCAGGACCGAUGGUACGCCAUCUGCCACCCGCUAAUGUUCAAGAGCACGGCCCGGAGGGCCCGCAGGAGCAUCAUCCUCAUCUGGGCUGUGUCCUGCAUCACCAUGAUCCCGCAGGCUGUGGUGAUGAAGUGCACCAGCCUCGUGCCCGAGCUCACCAACAAAACCAGCCUGUUUACUGUGUGCGACGAGCACUGGGGCGACGAGAUCUACCCCAAAGUUUACCACACGUGCUUUUUCAUCGUCACCUACUUUGCCCCGUUGUGUCUCAUGGUUUUGGCCUACAUCCAGAUAUUCCACAAGCUCUGGUGUCAUCAGAUUCCUGGGUCAUCCUCCCUGCUGCAAAGGAAGUGGAGGUCCCUGCAGUGCUCGGCCCAGGUGCCCGGGGCGGGAGAGCCACUCAGGGUCCGCACGAGUGCUGUGUCAGCAGAAAUCAAGCAGGUUCAAGCCAGGCGCAAGACGGCGCGCAUGCUGAUGGUGGUGCUGCUUGUGUUCGCUCUCUGCUACCUGCCCAUCAGCGUGCUCAACAUCAUGAAGAGGGUCUUCGGAGCAUUCAAGAACACAAACAACAGAGAGACGGUGUACGCCUGGUUCACUUUUUCACACUGGCUCAUAUACGCCAACAGUGCUGCUAACCCGAUCAUUUAUAACUUCCUUAGUGGGAAGUUUCGCGAAGAGUUCAAAGCUGCGUUUUCCUGCCGCUGUUUCGGGCCGAAUCCCGACGACGGCAACCGGGUAAGGGGGGGGACCAGUACCGAGAGCCGCAAAUCCCUGUCCACACAGGUCAGCAAUUUUGAUAACAUCUCUCGGAUCUCCGACCAGGUGGUCUAG